CUGUUGUUGAGCGUUCCAAACCUCCCGUGCUUCAUCCGACUCUCGGCAUCUGAGUGGGCCCCAUCCGUCAGCACCAACCAUGGCGAAGGAAGAGUUCGAACAUUUCGAGCGUUACCUGUAUGGUGACAAGAAGGAAGUCCUGAAGAUCCGGUCGCAGGCGUUUGAUGCGAAGAAGUCGUGUUUCGUGGCAGACGACAAGGACGUGUGGAUCGAUGGCGAGAUUCAGGCCACCAAGGACAAGAUGGUCACCAUCAAGACGUCCACUGGGAAGACUGUGACGGUGAAGGAGGACCUGGUGCAGCAGAUGAACCCUCCGAAGUUCUCCUUCUGUGAGGACAUGGCCAACAUGACGUACCUGAACGAAGCCUCCAUCCUCAACAACAUGAAGCAGCGCUACUACCACCAGCUCAUCUACACGUACUCUGGCCUGUUCUGCGUGGUGAUCAACCCGUACAAGCGGCUGCCGAUCUACGGCGCGGACGUGGUGGCGCUGUACAAGGGGAAGCGGAAGACCGAGGUGCCGCCGCAUCUUUUCGCGGUCUCCGACAACGCCUACACCAACAUGCUGCAGAACAGCGAGAGCCAGUCCAUGCUCAUCACUGGCGAGUCUGGUGCUGGUAAGACGGAGAACACUAAGAAGGUUAUCGCCUACUUCGCCAACGUCGCGGCUCUCACGACUAGCAAGCCAGCCAAGAGCGAGAAGAAGGCGACUCUGGAGGAUCAGGUCGUGCAGACUAACCCCGUUCUGGAGUCCUUCGGUAACGCCAAGACCGUCAGGAACAACAACUCUUCCCGUUUCGGCAAGUUCAUCCGAAUUCACUUUGGCUCCAACGGAAAGCUGGCUGGUGCGGACAUUGAGAAUUACCUUCUCGAGAAGUCUCGCGUGAUUUCCCAACAAAGUGCGGAGCGUGCGUACCACAUCUUCCUCCAGCUGACGUCCAAUGCGUUUCCGCAGCUCACCGAACAACUGCUGCUGGUCCCGGAUGCUAAGCAGUACUACUACUGCUCCCAGGGCCAUACGGAUAUUCCUGGUGUGGACGAUGCGGAGGAGAUGCGGCUGACGGAUGAGGCCUUCGACAUCCUGGGCUUCUCCCAGACGGAGAAGAAUGACGUGUACCGUCUGACGGCCGGCAUCAUGCACUUCGGCAACAUGAAGUUCAAGCAGAGGCCGCGCGAGGAGCAGGCCGAGUGCGACGGAAUGGAGCAUGCUGAGAAAACGUCGCACUUGUUCGGCGUGUCCAGUGCGGAGAUGACAAAAGCUCUGCUGAAGCCUCGAGUGAAGGUUGGGAACGAGUACGUGGUGAAGGGGCAGACUAUGGAGCAGUGCUUUUACUCCGUGGGCGCACUCUGCAAGGCCAUCUACAACCGGCUCUUCUCCUGGCUGGUCAAGCGGCUCAACACCACACUGGACACCAAGAUGCAGAGGCAAUACUUCAUCGGGGUGCUGGACAUCGCAGGCUUCGAGAUCUUCGAGCUGAACAGCUUCGAGCAACUGUGCAUCAACUUCACAAACGAGAAGCUGCAGCAGUUCUUCAACCACCACAUGUUCGUGCUGGAGCAGGAGGAGUACAAGAGGGAAGGGAUCCACUGGGAGUUCAUCGACUUUGGUAUGGACUUGGAGGCGUGUAUCUCGCUGAUUGAAAAGCCGUUGGGUAUCAUGUCCAUCCUGGAAGAAGAGUGCAUGUUCCCCAAAGCCACGGACAUGACAUUCAAGUCCAAGCUGUACGACAACCACGAGGGAAAGACCUCCAACUUCCAGAAACCCAAGCCUGGCAAGAGGAAGUUCGAGGCUCACUUCGCCAUCGGCCACUAUGCAGGCGUGGUUCCCUACAACGUGGUUGGUUGGCUGGAGAAGAACAAGGAUCCAGUCAACGAGACAGUCGUGGAGUGUUUCAAGAAAUCGGCCCUGGCCCUGAUGGUGGACCUGUUCGCUGAUUACGCCAGCGCAGACUCAGCACCAAAGAAAGGAAAAGGCAAGAAAAGUGCCGCCUUCCAGACAGUUUCUGCAUUGCACCGAGAACAACUGAACAAGUUGAUGGCCACCCUGAGGAACACCUUCCCUCACUUCGUGCGCUGCAUCAUCCCCAAUGAGACCAAGUCUGCCUUCGUCAUCGACUCGGUGUUGGUGAUGCACCAGCUGACGUGUAACGGUGUAUUGGAGGGCAUCAGGAUCUGUAGGAAGGGAUAUCCCAACAGGCUGCCUUACGGAGAGUUUAAGCAAAGGUACCAGAUCUUGGCUCCACAGGUUUUGAAAGGCGGCUUCAUGGAGGCCAAAGAGAUCAGCAGGCGGAUUAUUGAGUCCAUAGACCUGGAGAAAACCAAGUACGCCAUAGGACACACGAAGGUGUUCUUUAAGGCCGCCGUAUUGGGUUACCUGGAGGACUUACGUGACGAUCGUCUAAGUCAGAUCAUCAAGAACAUCCAGGCCCGCGCGAGGGGGAGGUUCAUGAGGGGCAAGUUCCAUAAGAUGGUGGAACAAAGGGAAGCCAUGCACACUCUGCAGCGGAACAUCCGAAAGUGGCUUGGGCUGAGGGAAUGGAUGUGGUGGAAGCUGUACACCAAGAUCAAGCCGCUACUCCAGGGCGCCCGCCAGGAGGAGGAACUGCAGAGGAAGCUGUCGGAGAUGAAGGACAUCGAGGAGCGACUGGCCAAUGAGGAGCGGCUUCGCAAAGAGCUGCAGGAGAAGUGCGUGACUCUCACUCAAGAGAAGAACGACCUGGUCGUCCAGCUGCAAGCGGAGCAAGAUGUCGUCUCCGACUCGGAGGAGCGCAAUGCCAUGCUGAUCAAGGGCAAAGCGGACCUGGAGGCGCAGCUGGAGGAGAUCAAAGAGAAUCUGGAGGAGGAAUCGGAGGCCGUCGCCACCCUUAACGGCAAGAAACGGAAACUUGAGACGGAGUGCAGCGAACUCAAGAAAGACGUUGAAGACCUGGAACGCAACCUCGCUAGGUCUGAGAAGGACAAGCGGGCUGUGGAGAACCGUGUGCGGGCCAUGUCGGACGAGCUGGUGGAAGCCGAGGAGAACAUGAAGAGGCUCGCACGAGACAAGAAGAAACUCGAGGAGCUGCAAGCGCAAACCCUCGAUGACCUCCAAUCUGAGGAAGACAAGGUCAACCACCUCACCAAGAACAAGGUCAAGUUAGAGCAGCAGAUUGACGAGUUGGAGAGCCUGGUGGACACCGAGAAGAAGGUCAAACUGGACUUGGAACGCACCAAGAAGAAGCUGGAGGCCGACCUGCGUCAGACGCUGGACACCCUGGGGGAAACGGAGAGGGCUAAAGUCGAGCUGGAGGAGAAACUCAAGAAACGUGACUUCGAGCUGAAUGCCGUCCAGACGAGACUGGAGGACGAGCAGAGCCUCGUGGCGCAACUGCAGAAGAAGAUAAAAGAACAACAGGGGCGCAUCGAAGAGCUGGAGGAGGAGCUUGAAAGCGAGCGCAACGCGCGUGCGCGUGCGGAGAAGGCCCGGCACGACAUGCAGCGAGAGCUGGACGACAUCGGAGACCGUCUGGAGGAGCACAGCGGCGCGACCCAGCAGCAAGCAGAGGUGGCCAAACGGCAGGAGACCGAAAUCAUCAAGCUCCGCAGGGAGCUGGAGGAGGUCCAUGCGGCGGCGGACAACAACGUGGCGGCGACGCGGAAGAAGCACACGGAGCAGGUGGCCGAGAUGAACACGCUGAUCGAGAACUUACAGCGCGUCAAGGCCAAGCUGGAGAAGGAAAAGAACUCCCUCCGCAUCGAGGUAGACGACAUGUCCGGGAACAUGGAGCAAGUCACCAAACAAAAGGUGAACCUUGAGAAGCGGUGUCGUCAGCUCGAGGAGGGGAUGAACGAGGCGAACAUCCGCGCGGACGAGCUGGCCCGCCAGAUGCAGGAGGUGUCCGCGCUCAAGUCCCGCCUGCUAUCCGAGAACAGCGACGCCGUGCGGCACCUGGAGGAAUCGGAGACGCAGUGCAACCAGCUCAGCAGGACCAAGAGCAUGCUGCUACAGCAAAUUGAAGAACUGAAGCGCCAACUGGAAGAGGAGAUCAAAGCCAAAAACCACAUGAACCAUCAGCUACGAGCGGCCCAGCACGACUGCGACACCUACCGCGAGCAGCUGGAGGAGGAGCAGGAGGGCAAGUCUGAAAUGCAGCGGUCCCUCUCCAAGGCGCACACCGAGGUGGCCACCUGGCGCUCCAAGUACGAGACGGACGCCAUCCAGAGGACUGAGGAGCUGGAGGAGGCGAAGAAGAAGCUGGCUACUCGUCUUCAGGAGAUGGAGGAAAGAGUCGAGAUAUCAAACUCCAAGUGUAGUAGUCUAGAAAAGACGAAGAACAGGCUCGCUGCGGAGGUGGAGGACAUGAUGAUAGAACUGGAGAAAGCCAACAGCGUGGCGGCCCACCUCGAGAAGAAACAGCGUAUGGUUGACAGGAUCAUCGCAGAGUGGCGGACGAAGUGCGAAGAGGUCAACUUGGAGCUGGAGGACUCGAAGAAGGAGAUCAGGAUCUACAUGGCGGAGAACAUGCGUCUCAAGACGGCUCACGAAGACGCACUAGGCGCGCUGGAGGAACUUAAGAAAGAAAACAAGCAACUCAGCGAUGAUCUUCACGACGUGAACGACCUCCUUGCGGAGCACGCUAAGAACGUGCACGAGCUGGAGAAGCAGAAGCGCCAGAUGUCUGCGGAGAUGGAGGACCUGAGGACGGCUCUGGAGGAGGCUGAGGGCGCGCUGGAGGUGGAGGAGGCGAAGGUUCUCCGCACCAACCUGGAACUCUCUCAGCUCAAGGCAGACAUCGACAGGCGACUCGCAGAGAAGGAGGAGGAGUUCGAGACGUCAAGAAAGAACCACCAGAGGGCCAUCGAAAGUCUUCAGUCCACACUUGAAGUGGAGGCUAAGGGUCGCGCCGAGGCCGUCCGCGCCAAGAAGAAGAUAGAGGCAGACCUGAACGAAGUCGAGGUGCAGCUGGACGCCGCCAACAAGGCGAACGCCGAGGCUAGGAAGCAGCUGGCUAAGUAUCAAAACCAGGUCCGUGAGAUGCAGGUGAUCAUCGACGACGAGCAGCGCAUGCGCGAGGAGAUGCGCGAGUCGCUGUCGUCACUAGAGAGACGCUGCAACAUGCUGCAGCAGGAGCUGAACGAGACCAGGAUGGCGCUGGAGCUGGCCGAGCGGAACAGAAAGAUCGCGGAGGCGGACGCGCACGAGGCGAUGGACCGGGUGGGGGAGCUCAGCACGCAGAACUCGGCGCUCAUCACGGCCAAAAGGAAGUCAGACAGCGAGAUUCAGCAGCUGCAGAACGAGCUGGAGGAGCUUUCCAGCCAGGCCAGGGACAUGGAGGAGAAGGCCAAGAAAGCCAUCUCGGAGGCCGCGCGCAUGGCUGACGACCUCCGUCAGGAACAAGACAAGAACGCUCAUCUUGAGAAGGUGAAGAAGAAUCUUGAGGAGAAUCUCCGAGACUUCCAGCGCCGCCUGGACGAGGCGGAGACGAUCGCGUUGAAGGCCGGGAAACGCCACCUGCAGAAACUGGAGACUAGGGUGCGUGACCUGGAGGCAGAGCUGGACGCUGAGCAGAGGCGCCACCAGGAGACCCUGAAGAACCUGAGGAAGAACGAGCGCCGUCUUAAGGAGAUGACCUUCCAGUCAGACGAGGACCGUAAGAACCAGGAACGUCUCCAGGAGUUGGUGGAGAAACUGCAGUUGAAGAUCAAGACGUACAAGAGGCAGUCUGAGGAAUCGGAGGAGAUGGCUAACGUGAACUUGGCGAAGUACCGGAAGACGGUGCACGAGUUGGAGGACGCGUCUGAGCGCGCGGAGAUCUCUGAAAGCGCCCUGGCCAAGCUGCGCACCAAGUUCCAGGCCGGACAGUCCGCACACACCAGCGGCACCAAGGUUCCUAAGAAGCCAUUUGAGGAGUCCUAGAGGCUGGUCGAAGUCUGAACGGAAAUGGACCAACGGAAAAGGAAGUCGACAUACACACGAAACUAUAAGCGCCCUCUGGAUUCACGGAUUUGGAAGCCAGUGCCUUUAAGCUGAAGAAUUUCGCUAGAGCGACCGAUAUGGCCAUGUAGCAUUCGUUCCGCAAACGUCUCAAUUUCCCGUUUUAUCUUGGUGCUUUGUGAUUUCUUUGAUUUCAUAUCUUAGGACUUUAUUAUCUCAGCACUGGAAGAAAUGAAUAAAGCUUUCAUUGUGUGAAUAUC